CCAUUGGUAUUAACAACAAACGGCCCUUGGACCAAAAAAAGCGAACGCUUUACCAAUUUGAGUUUCACUUUAACUAAAGUCUCUCAACCAACAACAUCACAACUUGCCUUAUAACCAACAACCAAUAAUAACAACAACUUACAGUUAUAACUUGAAACUUUUACAUAUUUCUUUUAAAACUUUUAUAUCCAACGUUUGCCUUAAAUUAUAAUUGAUAUAAUUUAACAAUUUAAUACAUUUACUUUGUGUAUUUCAAUAUUAUUUCAACUUUAUUUCAUCUUUAUUACAACCACACAACAACAACACAAAAACUUCACCAUGAAAUUACCAAUUGUUAAAGCAGAUCCUCUAUCCAUUGAGAUCCCUAAAAAGCCUCCUGGUAAAUCUGCCUCUGAACACCGAAGAGCUACUAAACCAAUUAUGGAAAAACGAAGACGAGCCAGAAUUAAUAACUCUCUGGAACAAAUUAAAACUUUAAUUCUCUUAGCCUUAAAUAAAGACCCAGCUAAACAUUCAAAAUUGGAAAAGGCUGAUAUUCUUGAGAUGACUGUUGAAUAUCUUAAAAGUCACAAUACUGUUCAACCUAUUGACGAAUCAUCUGCAAUUAAAAGUUAUAAAGCUGGUUUUGACGAAUGUGCCUCAGAAGUUCAAAGAUUUGUUGAAAUUGUGCCUGAUAUGGAUUCAGCAAUGAAGAAACGAAUCAAAUCUCGUCUCAGUAACUUCCCAUCUUUAAAUAUCGUCAACAUUAACAACCUCAAUAAAAGCAACAACAACAAUAACUUUGUAUCAUCAACCACCUCAUCACUUUCAUCCACUGGUCAAUUAUCACCUGCACUUAGUCCACUCAACAUGAAAUCCGAACCAAUUGAACCUUUAACCGUUAAUCGUGAUGCUCUCACAACCAUCUCAUUCAACUUUAACAAUUUAAAUGAAAAUACAAGUGAGCUCGGGUUAACACCUCCACCCUCAGCAAAUGACCACAAAUUAUUCAGAUUUUCACCUAUUCCUCCUUCUGAUGAUGGAAUGGAUUGCACUCCUGUUGAUUUCUCUAAAUCAUUCAAACUUAAUUCAGAAGAUGUUUGGAGGCCUUGGUAAUUCAGUGUCAACCAAAUUGGAUUAUUCACCACCUGUGCCUUAUUAACUAUUAUUGUUGAAGUUUUCUUGUCACUACUCUUGUCAUAUUAUCUCACUUGUUCAUUUUUUUUGUAAAUUUAUUGUACAGUUCACAGUAUCACAAUUUUUGUGAUUCAAUAUUAAAAUAUAAGAAUAUAUUUUAUU